AUGAACCUGCCUCGGCCACUCCCGUCCUACGGGCCUCCCCGUUACGCAAGGCAGAACGUGUCAAUCCCGUACGCCAGGCCGCCGAUCGAGGAAGGCCGGUUCAAGCCUCCAAGGUAUGUUCAGCACUGGUUCAGCACGUGGCAGGCCCUCGACUACCGGCCAGCCUGCCCGCAGAACUUGAAGUACAUCGGUUCUUCGAAUGGCAUCAGGAACGGGAUUCACGAAGACUGCCUGUACCUCAAUAUAUUUACGCCGUCGAUAUCCAUCGGCGUGACUGACCAGUACCCAGUCAUGUUCUACAUCCACGGCGGGGACCUGGAGCACGGCGCCAGCAACCAGUUCCCGGGACACAUGCUGGCGGGCUGGGGGGAAGUGGUGGUGGUUACCUUCAACUACAGACUGGGUGCGCUAGGUUUCUUGAGCACGGGAGACGAAAACUCCCCUGGGAACUACGGGCUGAUGGACAUGGCCAUGGCGCUGGAGUGGGUCUACAGGAACAUCCGGUUCUUCAACGGAGACCCGCAGAAGAUCACGGUGUUCGGCCCGGGGGCGGGAGGGGCCAUGGCGGGGAUUCUGGCCGUCCUGCCCAAGACCAAGGACUGGGUUCAUCAGGUGCUGGCGGAGAGUGGCUCGCCCUUAGCGGACUGGGCAGCAAUUGAUGACAUUUACAGAGUUCAGAAUACUUCUCGCGUGUAUGGUCUUGAGGUUGGCUGUACAGUAGAAUCGUCGUAUAAACUACUUCAGUGUCUCAACCGUCGCAGCUAUGAAGAACUAGCUUCAGCCCCAAUAAAGCCGGACAUCGGCACGUUCGCGUGGGGCCCGACGGUCGACUCCAAGUUCCGUGUUCCGGGAGACGACUGGUACGAGGACUGGAAGGAAGAGGACUGGCACAUCCUGCCCGAACUGCCCAUAAAACUCUACGAGAAAAAUCAUCACCACUCUGACCUCCAUUAUCUGACGGGUGUUAAUAGGAACGAAGCAGCGAAAAUGGUUUUCGACGACAACAGACUCAUCCGCGAACGGUAUGAGGUGACAGAGGACUUCUUCAACGAGCGGGUCAAAGAGUGGGUCAAACACUACAACUACUCACUCAAUCCCGAAGGUGCUUAUGAUGCCAUUAAGUGGAUGUACACCUACGGCCCGGAUCCCCACAACACUACCCAUAUUCGAGAACAAUAUGUUGAUUUGUUGUCAGAUGCUCUUUACAAAUCCGGCGUCGACCAAAUGGUGAAGGUCCUCGUGAACUCCACUGGGAAGAGGAGUGUUCCUACCUUACUUAAUACCACUGUGGACGCACUUAAACUGGACUAUUGGAGAGAGGUUCCCAACAACAUCGAGUAUUACUUUGUAUUUGGUGCUCCCUUCAUGGACCCAGAGUUUUUCCCUGAGAGCAUUCGUGUUGCCAGGAACCUUUGGAGUGAAGGUGACAGGAACAUUUCUGAGUUCAUGAUGAAGACUUUCGUCAACUUUGCCAAAUGGGGCAACCCAACUCAGACUCAAGUACAAAUCAUCAAGGUGAAUUGGGAGCCAGUGUUAGAAGGGAAUCUCAAGUACCUAAGCAUCAACACCACCUUUAACACUUCAAUGCAUUAUAACUACCGUCAGACCUACAACACCUUCUGGACCACCUAUAUGCCACAGGUGGUGAGGGAAUGGGUGCCAACUGUCCCUCCACCUAUAAAUCCGUGGAUUCAUAUGACUGAGCCAAUAGUUGCAGCAUUUUAUGGAGCUGCUGCUGUAGCUGUUUUCCUCCUGGUGAUUCUCUUUGUCUGUUGUGGACUGUGGAAGUCUGCCAAGAGACAGAGGAACAAAGCCCUCGAUGAUCUUCAGUAUUAUUCAACGGAGAACCUCACCCCUCAGCAAGAAUCAGAAGAUUACAAAGUGAGAGAGUAUCUCAACAAGCUGGCAAACAACAAUCAUGAUGAAACACCCUCUCGCUCUGUCACUCCAUACACAGUUGCUUCAACUGAUCCCAUCAUCCAGACGGAUCACAAUAACACAAAGUCCAGAGAUCCUUACCAGCAAAGUUACUACAAAGAUACAAAGACAGCCAAGUCUGUUGACCAGCUUGAGCAGCCUUACCGUCCAGGCUACCAGAACAUGAUGCCUUCAUCAAGGUCUGCAGGCAACAUUAUUGAAAAUUACCAUACCUCUUACCAUAACCCUGGUGCAGAACUCAAUGGGCAUUAUCAGCCUCAGCAACAGCGCUCAAUUACUCCAACCUCAACGAUACACUCAGAACCUAAUGGAAAGCCAACAACACAAUACAUGAUGACACAGCAGGUGACAAAACCCCCAGAAAAAGAAGUGAGAGCUGUACCUCAGCCAGCAACACGAGUCUCCCGCUCUGUGGCCACAAUCACCUCCACUUCUGGUAU